GUAAUGUUUGCUCUGCUUGUCAAAAAAAUCAAUCAAUAAUUGAUAAUUGUUCGCAAAGUGUUUUAUUCAGUCUCCGGGCAUGGAUACUCCGUGCAAUUUGGUAUGAUGCACUCCCGGGCUGUGCCCAUCUAUGAGGUAGAAAUGUGCUCCAACAUAUCUGAAACGUUUCUCGAUGUGGAGUACAGACAAAAGGAUAAAUUGAUUUCCAAUAUUAACCUGAUCUUGGUCUUGGAUGAGAGUCAAGUGGAAUGGCUGGUGGAGGCGUCCAUACUCACGGGCGGAAUCGGCUGCAACUACACCACACUGCGAUUGAGCUGCAGCCAGCCCGAGGAAGCCAAAUUUACGGUACUCAUCUACGGACUACCCCGGCGGGACGCCUUAAAAAUAUAUCUAUCCUAAGCUAGAUCAGUCUUU